UUGUAUGAUAUAUAAAAGAUUUAUGGUUUCUCAUCUCUUUAUUUAUCACGAAAGCUAAAUAACAAUUAUAAUGGAGCCCGUGAAUCUUCCGUGGGAUGUGGAGAAAGAGAUCCUCUCUCGACUUCCACCUCUAUCUCUUGUUAGAUUCAGAACCGUAUCUCAACACUGGAACGGUCUUUUAAAUGACAAGAAGUUCGUCAACAACCACUUGGCUCGUGUCCGUCCCCAAAUCAUUUUCCUGACCGAAUCCAAGGUUUACUCGAUUGACAUCGAUCUCGGCAAACCCCUUGAUCCAACCAUAGAGGUGCAUGAGAUACCAUCUGUUUUUCCUUAUAAAGCUACGGACUUGACGCAUACCGCCAUCACGUCUUGUGAUGGGUUCUUAUUUCGUGACUUUUGGAAGCAAGGUGUUGCGAUUUGGAACCCGUGGUUAAGACAAGUUGGUUGGAUCGAGUACGUCGAUAAGGGCUUCCAUUUUUGCGGUGUAGGGUACGAUAGGACUAGACCCGACAAGACUUACAAGAUCUUGGGGUACUUUAACUGUCUCCGUACGGUAAGCGACACUUACCAAGUAGGUUACAAAAGAAUUGCGGUCUACGAGUGUGCAUCUCACGCGGUGAAGUUUCUUGAUGUCCCUUUCAAGCAGUGGCCCAACAUGGGACCUUUGUCCUUAAACGGGAAUCUCUAUUGGGUCACUAGCAAUCCUGAUGACACUAAUGAGUAUCUCAUCAGAAGCUUUGAUUUCUCCAAUGAGAUGUUCAGAACCUUUUGUCUCCUUCCUUGUCGGAAGAACCAUUCUCGCGAUGAACUUGUCCUCGCGGUUUAUAAGAGAGAUGGUUUUUCAUUGUUAAAGCAAUGCUAUGUAACGGGUGAGAUAGAAGUUUGGGUGACAAAGAACAAAAUCAGUGAAGAGGACUUGCUGGUGACGCCAUAGCUGCAGUCAGGUUGCGUUUCCUCGAGUUUGAUCCUUUGAAGACUUUAUGACUUAUACGAAUCUCUCGUUGCUUAGCCUUUGGGGGUCUUCCUUUCCUUUUGCUGUUUUGCGGCGGCUGUGGUAGCACAAGAGGUAAGCACUCUCCACUGGGUCGGCACAAUUUGUGUAUUGGUAGGUAACUUCUCUCAGUUCCUCCAUAACCUCUUCUGUUGUUCGGGUCGGUGGUACUUGUGCAAAUUGCAGUGGAGGGAAAUCUUCUUUAUCCAAGUUCCUCUCCAAAGGAAGCCGAUGCUCAUCUGCAGCGCGUUCCUUGCCUUCAUUACGCUCAGUAUGCUGUGCCUUAGUUGCUCAACGGGGGAUCUGGUGCCCUGGUUCAAAUGUCCCCUGUUUGAGACGACUCUACGGUGUGAGUACUGUGCAGAGACCUCGGUGAUUUCGUUUCUGCGUGGGGGCUUCGUUCAGCUCUCAUGUUCCUCGGGCCCUCUGUGUCUACAUUUGGAGUGAUUUUGUUCCCGAGUGGCGGGGCUCUAGACUGGUAAGUAGCCGCACGGUCUCCAAACGGUCUACCAUGCCGAUCAACACGCUGAUGGAACGUUGUUUCCCGAGGGAGUUGUGGAGGGGGGGUGAGUGCCUUCUCGAUUCGCGUUGAUUGUAGUAGUGGUGGCUUGGUGGGAAGUGGGAUCUAGGUGGUCCCAUGACCGAGUUGAAAGAUGUAUCUCUCUUGCGAGGCUCCUGGCUCUCAGAGGUUUGCUUAGAGGGGCAGUCGUGGGCCAGGUGUGAGAGCUUGAGGCAAUAGGUGCAGAAGUUCUCUAGCUUCUCGUAUUCAAGAGUAAUCACACACUCCUCGCCUGCAGAGAAUUCAAGAAUUGUGUCUUGCGGGAGUGGCUUGAGUCCAUCCAUCAUAACUCGAACUCGAGCAGUAGUCUUUGUGAGAAUGUAGCUUUCCAGAUGUCCAAACUCUUGUCCAAUGUCUCGUAGUAUUUUAUCAUCCAAAAAGCGUAGGGGGAUACCUUUCAGGCUGAUCCAAAACGGAAUCUGUGACGGGAAUGUUGGUGAGAUGACCGGUUCCCAUUGUUGAAGGAUGACCAUCCAACGGUUGAACUGGUAAGGCCGGUUUUCCAGUACUGUGCGCAUCUCUUCUUCCUCCUGAAAUCUAAACUGGAAGCAAUCGUUGCCCAAAUCAGAACCGUGGAUUUUUCCCACUAGGUUCCAUUUUCUUGUUAGGUAAGGAAGCAAAGACGCCAUGUUUUGUUCUCUUCGGUUUGUCACUCUGCCGAUAAGAGUGAGGGCAUUUUCCCUGAUGAGUCUGCUAGUGUCCAGGUUGGAGGCUCUGAUUCUGAUUCGUGGUCGGGUUUGUUGUUCCCCAACUUUUGCUUUUCCUUUCUCCUCUUCGGUGAGUCUUCUCAUUCUGUGUUGCUGUGCAGUUGUCGGUCCUUUAUGAAGCUGAUGUCUCGACGAGAUUAGUUGCCGCUGAUGUCUUCAGUAGGGAUGUCAGAGGGGAGACUUAGAGGAGUACUUUGUCGACUCUAAGCUUGGUCUUCAGGCGUAGACUACUUUGUUUUUGAGUGUCUUCAGGUUUGUAGUUGGGCUCCGGUACAGAGGAGAGCCUACCAUGGUGGUUAGGCUGUCUCCGGUGAUAGCUCCGGCCACCAGCGGAUGGACGAGUUGCUUUAUUUUGAAUCUAAUAUCCAGUGGAUGUUACCGAAAGGGGGAAGCAAUUCGAAUCAAAUCGGAUGGCAGGGCUGCAGGAAAGAGAGCGAAACCUCAAAACGGAAAGAAACCCGCGGGUAAAGAAGGGUGAUGCACAAAGUCAAAACUGUCUAAAGACCACUCUCGAACACAGUGCCUGGGAGAGAAAUUUUAUACAAAAAAGAGAGAUCGCGUUAUGGAAUAUGGCAUUCUGAACUAUAAUACAUAUAUAUACUAUUACAUCAAACAAUUAAAUGAAAAUAAGACUGUAAAUAGUUUACAAUA